CGUUGCUACGCAGGCGCAGUGCGGCCCGGCACCCCGGACGGCGGAGGGCAGGGGCCCCGCGGGCGGGUGCGCGCUCCCGGCGGGCGGGGAGCGAAGCGCGUGCCAUGGAACAGCGGUUAGCCGAGUUCCGGGCGGCCAGGAAACGGGCCGGGCCGGCGGCCGAACCUAACACUUGGAGCCCGAGUGCACAAACCUCAGGAGAGAAGGCGGAAGCAACUGCAACUCCAAAGGCAGCCCCAGGCUGGCUAAAACGGUUCCUGGUGUGGAAACCGAGGCCCGCGCGUACCCGGGCCCAGCCCAGCCUCGCUCAGGAAGUGGCGCAGCCUGGGAGCAGCACGUCACAGCCUCCACAGAAGACAGCCAUUCCUCUGCCAUCGCCACGGGACCAGUCUUUCCUGACCAACAUCACCUUCUUGAAGGUCCUUCUCUGGUUGGUCCUGUUGGGACUGUUUGUGGAACUGGAAUUUGGCCUGGUCUAUUUUGUCCUGUCCUUGUUCUACUGGAUGUAUGUCGGGACACGGAGCCCCGAAGAGAAGAGAGAGGGGGAGAAGAGUGCCUACUCUGUAUUCAACCCAGGCUGCGAAGCCAUCCAGGGCACCCUGACUGCAGAGCAAUUGGAACGCGAGUUACAGCUUAGACCCCUGGAGGGGAGAUAGGACCAACUCUCUUGUUGUGCAGCUAGCCUCCCACGUGGUCCUCCUAGCCCUUGGACAUGGGCUGGUGGGUUUGAUUUCAGGUGCCCAAGACUAAGGACAGCUUGCAGGUUAGUUCUGCGACUGUGAAGUUCUACAUUCUUUCCCAGAUCUUUUGCUGCAGUUUUAUCUUUGAACUUUUCUUUGGUUUUGGUUAAACCCCCUGAAAGACACUCACUGUGGAUCUGAUGCAAUUUAUCAAACUUACGUACUCAGGAAAUAAAUCUGUUUGUCUCAUUA